AUGCGGCGUGAACUGUUUAAUUUGUGACGACACUGGAGGUUGCACAUCUUGUGUGAAAAAUGUAGCGUUAGAAUGGAGCCUAAUUGAUCCAGCUUUAUGCUGCGCAUCAGGGACUUAUUAUGACUCAAUGCAAUGAAACGAUUAAAGCGAUUCAGCAUGGAGGAAUAUCAAAAAACCUCCCUUUUAGUUCUAAUUGACGGCACUCAUAACAAUCUUGAAUGAGGACUUCAACAAAUAGCCAGGCAUCCUUCACUGUGCUGACCUCUUUUCAAACUCGACUCUGGUGGGUACUCCUCGUAAAGAUCCCUUCCAUGCGCGUCAAGAAGUAAAACCUAACCCUCAUUUUUAUAUGAGCCAGCUGUAUUAUCCUGUAUAAUAAUCCGUUUUGAUAUUGUGCAUAAAGGUUUUACAGGAAAUAGAACUAUAAUAAAAUUCGUAUAAAAGCUUUCUGAGAGAGCUCGUUCUGUGUGUAGCCAUUUCAUUAUUAUGACUCAGUAAAUUCAGUUUGCAUUUCUUGUGAGGAAAAUUGUGCUACCUGCGAUGCCCACACUGGAGUAUGUGAUACUUGCAAGAAAACGAAGAUGGAGGUGGACCCAACAAAUACCAAAACUUGCCACUGCAUCGGAGACCAAGUAUUAGUUGGAGGAGAAUGCAUAUGCGCACAAGGAUCUUUUAA